GUCAUUACUCAGCGCCUCAGUCCCUCGCACAUGGGGGUGGCCGGCGCAUCCUGUGACGUAUGCGGGAGCCAUGACGACGAUGGGGCGUCCGCACUGCGGCCUGCUGGGAUCAGCGGAUGAUGGCUGGAAGGCAUCAAGCAGAACUGAAAGAGUGACUUGUGUACUAGGAUGAUUUCCAGAUACAAAAGGAAACCAGUAUCACAGACUCUACAAAUUGCUCAGACUGUUACAAAAGCUGCAGAAAAUCACCUGCCAGACAGACUAGACACAUUAUCCCCAACUCUUCACAGUGACCAAUAUGAAGAGGCAUCUGAUUGUGAGAGUAAAUCAGAUGUCUCUGGAAAAUCGGAGUUCAUAAAAAGUGACGCAGAUGUUUUGUCUUCAGAGAUUCAGAGCUGUGCCGGACUUUCUUCUGACAACAGUUCCAUUAUAUCUUGGGGCUUUGAUGAGUUUGACCAGGCCGCAACACGACAGGUGCAGAAGAUUUUCAAGCAGAUUGAUGAGCUGUUGUAUGAGCAGAAAGCUAGUACACUGGUAGAGGGACUAAAGGAAGAGUGCCACGAAUGGACGUCAUCCUUCCCACAUCUGCGACUCCAAGGCAAACAGAUUGUCCCUCCUGUAGAUGAUGGAUACAGGUGGUAUUCCAGCCAGGCCUCUGAAGCUGCUGCUUCUGUGCCACUCAAUGUUACCCAUGUAAAGGAUCCCAGUGAGAUGGGCAUUUUUGGUACAAGAUUUCCCCUCUCCGCAGCGAGUGAAGCCAGCGCUGCAGUCUCCUUUUCCCUCUAUGGUGACGAGGAUGAAGUAAAAGAUGGCGUCAGUGUAAUCUUGUCAGAUGGUGUCAUGGAGGAAUACUUGGCUUUUGACAGCCGGGAUAAAGAUGAUGAAUUCUUUGAGUGGACUAGGGCUAUGUCCUUGGACAGCCUGAAGAUGGGCUAUCCCCCAAUUUCUCCACAGUACUGCAAGAAGGAGGCUGUGGUGGCUUGUGUGUUUGAUGAUGUGUGGAGAGAAGUCGUUGGGUGUCUGGAGGAACUCAUUUGCCGACACUGGGAAGAGUCAAUCACAGAUGAUAACCGGCAUGAUAUAGCCAUUAAAACCACUAGAUUGGAGUCUCUCAAUCCAUAUGCACCACUCCAGCGCCUUCCAUUGGGUCUACCUCCUGUUCUACAUUCCAAAAUUCCUGUCCUCUCGCCUAACCUGUGCUUAAAAUGCAACCACCUCCUCAAGAAUAAAAAGAGAGGAAAACUCAUUCACGCAAAUCGUUCCCAAGGGGGAAACAUUGUGACGCAGCGGAAUCUGAAUGACUUGAUGAUGAUUCAUGGAAUACCCUUACAACAGAGGAAUCUACAUCUGAUGGAGAAAGUGCUAGAUUCUGGUGACAAGUCACCCAUGAGGCCCACGUCUGCCCUACUCUCUGGGAAACCAUGGCCAGGCCGAUCACUGGAGCACAGUUCCUCCUCAUUGUCUCAUAAUGUUCCUUCUGCGAGACGACGUAACCCCCCACGUACGCUGCACCCUAUCAAUAACAAUCCCUCUCGCUCUGGGACACCAAAGAUGGAAGAAGUCAUCAGGGGAACACGACUACAGACUGCAAAUGACCAGCUAUCCUGCUCCCCUGUUCCAUUCAACCGCAACAAUCUCCUCCCACCUAUUGGUACCUCAGACACAGAAUACCACUACUUGCCUGGCUCACAGAGACAAACGCCAGAUAACCCCCUUGGAAGAUCCUUUGUCAUUUCGGAACAGCUUCGAUAUAGAAGAGGGUCUGAAGGAAUAGACUCCAUUAUUAUUGGUGUGACUGGAAUCGGUUUAAGUAUUGCCAGCUCAUCAGCCAGUUCAGUUCAUCUGGCCCAUCCACUGAGUGAAAGGAAAGAAGACAGGGAAGAUCAGCACUCGGGUAUAUUACUACAUUCAACAUUAAAAUCCCAUAGUCGUGGUGGAGCCUUCUCAAGAAGCAGACAUGUACUUUAAAAUGUUUGUGUAUGUUACAGUAUGUGGUGAAAGUCCUUCAGAGGAUAAUGUGUACAGGUUGUAAUACAAGAAAUUUCUAGGACUGUGACACCUAAUCUGUGGCCUACAACAUUGUCUGUUAUUGGCUGAAAUGUUGAACCAGGACUAUUGUAGAAAGCCUCUCUGAUCACAAACCUCAACCACUAGCUGCAUUACUCAGGUAUGUACUCAGGUAUGUCGGUAGUUUCAGGGAGGUGAAGUUAAGGUAUAUUUUCAAAGUUAGAAAACAUUAGCAAUAUGGGCCACCUAGAUUAGCUUUUUUUAUAUUUAAUUUACAUUUUAUAUUCAGUUGUACAUUUACCUUAACAAUAGUGUCAUCUAAUGCCAGUGUAAAAUGUAAUUACUUGUUUGAGGGAUGCUAGGAAUCGCAAUCACAGACUGCUCCGAAAUCAAAGGCAAAUGGUAUUUCAGGUUAUAUCCUAAUAUUGCUACAAAAUCAACAACACAUGCCCAUUGCCACCCAACACAAAACUGUUGUGUAAUUGUGGGAGCCCUCAUCCUAUUAAAUGGACGGGCUUUCAUGUAACCUGCCAUUUACUAUUACUGUAGUAAAACUUCAUAUUCAAGCCAAGUAAUGUCUGCCACAUUACAAACAGAAAGCAAUGUCAGACUUAUGUCGCUCCUUUAUUAUUCUUGUCAUUCUUUUAUUUUUUGACAAUUUAAAAACAUUGUUUUGUACCCUCAUCUCUGUAAAUAUGUAUUUUUGUACAUUAAGAUUAAAGAAAAUGCUUCAGAA